UCAAUUUCAGUGUUUCAUAUUUUAAAGCGAGAUACGUAAGCUCAUUAUUUUAAACGUUUGACCAGGAUUUUUGCCAAAUCAUUGAAUUCAGAAAGUGAGUUGAACUAAACGAACUUGUUGUGAGAAGUGAAUUAUAUACGAAGGGAAAUGGCAGAGACAAAAGACGGAUUUCAGGUUGUUGCAGCAAUAGAUUUUGGAACAACUUACAGUGGAUAUGCGUUUUCAUUUCGUAAUAAUCCUAUGGAUAUAACAACCAAUUUUUGGAAGUCUGGGACAGCGGGACUUAUAUCCUUAAAAACUCCAACAUGCAUUCUAUGCGAUAAAAAGGGAGAAUUCAAUGCGUUUGGUUUUGAAGCGGAAAGAAAGUAUGCAGCUGUUGCAGGGGAAGGCAAACAGAACGAGUGGACGCUGUUCCGAAGAUUUAAGAUGAUUCUACACAAUGAAACGGCUGGAAUCGCAAGCGAACGUUUACAGCUUGCCCUAGAGCCUGAAGUUGCUUCCAUCUGGUGUCAGACCGACAGUCCCAGUUCAACCAUUGCCCUGGCAGGCCCCGGCACUCAAUACAUGGUUGUCGACCUUGGAGGAGGCACAGCAGAUAUAUCAGUCCAUGAACGAUUACAAGAUGGCUCUUUGAAGGAAAUCGAAAAGGCCAGCGGUGGUCCCUGGGGCGGAAUAAAUGUAGAUGAAAACUACAUUACAUUCCUCGGAGAGAUAUUUGGAGAAGAAGCUCUUAGCGACCUCAAAGAUACCAACAUGGAGGACUACUUUAAGAUUUUAAACGAGUUCGAAGGCAAAAAAAGAAAUUUUACUGGGGAGUUAGCUGCAAACUUUGUCAUAAAAUUUUCACCCUCUCUCCGAAAUAAAAGUCAGGAAACGUUUGGUAAAAGUCUGCAAAACCGCAUAGAAGAGCUGGGAUACAGAAGUGAGAUAACGGUUAAACCAACAAAAAUGCUUGUUAGUACACGAAUUGUGAGUAAUUGGUUUGAAGGCCCAGUAACAAAACUGAUCAACCACAUUCGGAAGAUAUUAUCAUAUCGAACGAUGAGAAACGUACACACAAUUGUGCUGGUUGGCGGUUUCUCUGAAAGCAAGUACGUACAAACGUGUGUUGGCAACGAAAUACAAGGAAGGCGUUGUAUUAUCCCACACGAGGCCGGCCUCGCUGUUUUAAAAGGAGCAGUUAAGUUUGGACAUUUUCCCUUCGCUGUCAAAUCUAGGGUGCUUCGAUACACGUAUGGUGUAUGCAUUGACAGUUCAAUACAUUCAGAAGAGUCUAAGUUCUUUAAGUUACAAUACAACGACUGGCGAGCUCGAGAUUGUUUCAAAGUGUUUGCGGCUGUCGACGACGAGGUGAGGUAUGAUACAGAGUUCGUGUACAAGUUUGCUCAAAGAGGAACAAUUUCCACAAGUGUUCGCAUAUUCCGAUCGACGGAAAGAUCCCCCGUCUAUGUUACAGAACCAGACUGCGAGUUUUUAGGAACAAUUGAACUAAACCACACAAUCGAUUAUGUCACCAUUCAAAUAACGUUUAUGUUUGGACAGACUGAACUCAUGGUGAAAGCAAGACUAAUGGAAUCGGGUCGGGAGUCGACUGCCGUGUUGAAUUGUAUUCCGAAAGGCAGACUAAAGGAAACGGGUCGUGGACAGAGGAAAUAGGUCUAUAAAAAGUAUUUGUCUUUGUUUGUAAAAUGUGAAUAAGCACUUGAGUCAAUGCGGUUUCCCUAACAUUUACCAACGGCUAAAUUUUGAUAUUCGUUUGUUCUUGAAGCGUUAUGUGUCUUUUAUUUGGUGAUGUAUGUUUUCUUGUUGCGUUCUGUGUCUUUUGUUAGGUGAAAUCUGUUUCUUGAAGCAUUAUGUGGGUCUUGUUUGGUAAUGCCUAUAUUCUUAUAGCGCUCUUGUGUCUCCUGUUUGCUAAAAUCUGUUUAUGAGGCAUAAUGUUUGUCUCGUUUGUUGAUGUUUGUUUUCUUGUAGCGUUCAGUGCCACUUCUUUGGUGUUUGUUUGGCCUUCACUUUUCUAUCUUCAAACAGGAUCAUGGUUAAAGUUUAGGCUUCUCCGCGUCUGGCUGUAGUUUCAAGUGUUGUUGUUUGGUUACAUUCAUGGACAAUAUUGUAUGAUCUUAUUUACAUAGGGUUGAGAAUUAAAUUAGUUAAGUAUGUUAGCAUAUGUUUAUGUAAAUUAAAUAAGGAUUCAGAAGUAACCAAAAAAUAGUGACAAAUUAUCGUUAGCCAAGAUGACACUUUUAGACUACUUUAGUUUAAUUUUGUUUUGUAAGAAAACGUUGAAUGCCAUUCCUCUUUUGUUCAUAAAUGAUUUGGAAGAAACUUUGAUCACGAACGGCCAUGAUAGCAUUGCUAAUGGUAUGUUAAACUGUACGUGAUUUAAUAUGUAGGUGGAUAUAAAGGAGGUUUUAAAUUAAGUAAUGUUAUGUUAUAUUUACUUAGAACAAUAAUAUAAUGAAAUUGUAAAUAAACCUUAUAAUUAAGGUAUAGUAUUAGACCAUAGAUGGGUCGUAUAAAACUAUUUUUGAAAAUAUGUAUGGACAAAUGUUUGAAGCAAUAUACAAGAUAAACUCUUACGUUCUUCAAUUUGUAUUUUCUUUUGCUAGUUAUAGACCAAAUUUGUUUGAUAAAUUUAUACAUCCAGUUUUAUGCCAUGGCAGUGAAGUUUAGGGGUGUUCUCAUGUUACAGUGUAAGACAUUAUUUAUCUUUUUUUUAAAUACUAAGUGUUAGAUUACAAUCUCAAAAGCUAUUUGUUUUGAAAAUGGGGAAAUGACAUGUUAAAAUGGUAUGCUUUACAAUGUUUAAUUUAAUAAAGAAAAUGAAGAUGCAAAAAUCUACCACUGCUUAAAUAACCAAGAUAUACCUAUGUUAACGGAUGACCUCAUUUUGAAAAUUGUCACAUGCAUUGAGGAAGUACCUCCCUGGCUUACAGUUUUAUUUGUGUCAAAAAGUCUAAAACAUGAUACCAUCGAAAGGCUUAACGUUAUGUUAGACAAAUUUAUGCACUGUUUCUUUUCCCGCUAGUAAACAUAAUAGUGCAUUAAACGAUUUAGAAAUGUA